CGCGCGAGCCGGUGGUCUCCAUGGCAACCAGCGGGGCCCAAGCGAGGCGAGCCUGGAGCCGCCACCGCAGCCGCGCAGGCCCCGCCCGCACCCUGGCCGCUCAGCCACUAGCCCUCCGCCGCGACCCCGGGCCCGGUCCCAGCUCGGCUGGUGUUCCCGCCAGAGGCUGCCCGCGCCUGCCUCCUGCCGCCGCCGCCCGGGCCUGACCUGACCGGGAAGCAGUUCCGGCGGGCCGCCGCCGUGACUCAUCUGCCUGCCCGCAUUCCCCGAUCGGGCCAUCUUGGUCGCGGCCGGCGCGGCAGACGGAGCCGCGGAGGAAGCCGCGGAGACCCAGGGCCCAGAACAAGUCCACCCUCCUGUGCAGCCCGCCAUGGCCUUGUGAGGGCGGCGAUCAAGGAGCCACAUCCGGAGCUGGGGAUCCCCGAGGGUCUGCACCCCUUGCCUGGUCUGGCUGUGCUCAUCUGUCGGUCCGUCUGCCCUGCCUUCUUGUUUGGGCUUCUGAGCCACGCUGGGUCUUGAACCCUACCCUUUCCUUGAUUUCUCUCUUGGUCUACCCAAUUUUAGCAUUACAGGUGCUCAGGUUCUGGGAUACCCAGACCCCCUUCUCCCGCUUCAUCCGUCUCAGCCUUAGGCCGACCUCUGGCCACCAUGGUUCAACCCCAGACCGCAAAAGCUGAAACCCCAGCCUCUGCAGCGUCUACCAAUGCCCAAAUGGAUGACGUCAUCGACACCCUGACUUCCCUGCGCCUCACCAACUCCGCGCUGAGGCGGGAGGCCUCGACCCUGCGGGCAGAGAAGGCCAACCUCACCAACAUGCUGGAGAGCGUGAUGGCGGAGCUGACCUUGUUACGCACCCGGGCUCGGAUUCCCGGGGCGCUGCAGAUCACCCCACCCAUCUCGGCCAUUACCUCCAAUGGGACCCGGCCGAUGACGACGCCUCCCACCUCGCUGCCCGAGCCCUUUUCCGGAGACCCUGGCCAGCUGGCGGGGUUCUUGAUGCAGAUGGACAGAUUCAUGAUCUUCCAGGCCUCGCGCUUCCCCGGAGAGGCCGAGCGAGUGGCGUUCCUCGUGUCCCGGCUGACCGGGGAGGCGGAGAAGUGGGCGAUCCCCCACAUGCAACCCGACAGCCCCUUGCGAAACAACUAUCAGGGAUUCCUGGCCGAGUUGCGGAGAACCUACAAGUCUCCGCUGCGGCACGCCCGGCGCGCCCAGAUCAGAAAGACUUCGGCCUCGAAUCGAGCCGUGCGGGAACGGCAGUCGCUCUGCCGCCAGCUGGCCGCCACGGGCACGGUGCCCUGCCCUGUGCACCCAGCCUCCAAUGGGACCAGUCCAGCCCCGGCCCUGCCCACCAGAGCUCGGAACCUUUAGGAAUCGGCCACCACCCUGGUCCGUCUGCCGCCACCCAGGUAGCAUACCCCUUUUGCUGCGUAGAAAGAAGUGUCCGUACCACACAGCAUCGCCCUUGUUUGAAGACAUCCCUUCCCGCCUCUCUCGUUCCAUAAGGACAUCUGUCAUUGCUCCUGGGCGCCCUGUGACCCACCUUGCUUCCUGGUAUCGCGUGCUAGCUUGGAACCUCCGUUGCAUGUUUCCCUUCUCUCGCUUGCAAUUCCAGCUCUUCUAGUGACCACAGCUCUGCUGCUGGGUCACGCUGACCCCGCAACACACUUUGGACCAUUGGGGCUGACCUUUCCCAGCCUGACCAGGUUCACAGACGCUCGUCUUCCACCCUCUGCGGCCCCACGGCAGCUCCCCACCUGGCUGCCCUGUUCUCAGUAGUGAGCUUGCUGAUGGCAGAAAGAAGCCCUUUUGGCCAGGCGGGUGGCUUGAUGGGGGUACCUGGAGAGGAGAGCCUGGCAUCCUGCGCGUAGGUGAUUGCCAGCCCUGCCAGGGCCCAGCGUAGCAGGCAGGGGCCUCGUCUCUGCUGUCCGCGGCCGAGGAUCAGAGCUGGGAGUGGUUCUAGCGUUUCCGGGGGGCCGGCUCCACUCUGCACAUGAGUAUGCAGUCCUCGUGCCCCACGGCUGCCACUGGGAAAGACUGCUACUGCGGCCUUAGGGGGGGCCCCCGCAGGCUGCACCCCCAUCAAUGCCUGGCUUUAGCUGCCAGUGUUCUGAUACGCCAGGACUGGGGGGAAUCCGGAACUCGCCUGCUAGGCAGGUCGUUGUGGCUUGGGAUCACUGGGCGUUUCCAUCAGGCCUCCACAGGCAGCACAUACACGCCCAUCCCUGCCUGAGACCCCCGGCAGGCUGAGGGUGGGCUCUAGAGGCUCACUUUGCUGCCCUGGACCCCCCGUGGGAAUC